AUGGAUCCUACCAAUUCCAGAUCGAAGUGCUCGACUCAAACACAGUCUACGCCAGAAACCGGGAGCACGACUGUUUAUGACCUACAUUUCGAGCAGCAUGUUACCGACCAUGGUAUUUUCCUACCGUCAUAUAAAUACCCAGAUGAUACAAAACCAACCAAGCCGGACAACUCUGCAGACAUCCACAGGAGAUUACGAGUUCCUCGACCUUCACUAGCAUUAUCACAAGGCCCUCUGGAAAAAGAGUACGAAGAAUUCAGAGAGCUUAACGACAAUGCUGCGCGUGAGCAGCUAGUUGUCAAGGACAUAUUGCCUGUUCUUGAGGGCAAGCGCAAGGCCUGUUUCCACACUGACGGUGGGCACCCAUUUAACAACCUUGCUCCUUUGACCGACGGCACGCUAGCUAAUGCUAAGCCUGAUUUCUACCACGGCGCAUCCCCAGACCAGCUAAAGCCUGGAAUUCGGAAACAGUUGGACAGCCAGAUCAUGCCCUCAACUCAGAGCAGCAGACCAGUGGCACCGAACUUUUUUGUUGAAGCAAAAGGUCACGCGGGGUCUGUUCCUGGGGCUAAGCGCCAGGCCUGUUAUGACGGCGCUCUGGGGGCUUGA